AUGAACAAUAUUGGUUGUUCAAAAGACAAGAAGAGUGAGGCGAAAUGGACUCCGGAAAUGGAGGCUCAGUUCACACAAUUGAUACUGGAAGAAGUGCUGAAUCAAAAUUGCAUCGACGGCUCGCUUGAAGACAUAUUUUGGCGUCGUUUCCAUACAAUGAAGACAAGUGCAACCGGUUUUGGUUGGUGCCCAAUUCGAAACAUGAUCACGGGAGGUGACGAGGCUUGGCGCAUAUGGACUCAGAGACACCCAGAGGACGAAUAUUUGAAGAAUAGAACAUGUCCUCACUAUUACGAACUUACCAACAUUUUCAUCGGGAAAACAGCUACUGGUAGUCUGGCAACAGCUUCUACUCAUUCGUCACAGGGGAGAACACGGUUCAGGAGGAGUCCAGCUCCCAUCCCGGAAAAUGAAAUGUUUUCUGAGAGUGGUGAAGGGUACACUCUGGACCGCAGCCGUUCAACUCGUCGUCAUAGAGCUCCAUCCCAGUCCAAUGACACCGUCAUGAAUUCCAUUGCUGAGACACGGAUGGCUCUUCAGCAAGUUGCCAGCGUACAAACAACGAUAGAAAGAGCGAUUGUCGAGCUCGAAGCUUAUACAGAUUUUCUGGUCGAUGUUGUCAUGAUGUCUGAUGAAUGCAAUCAAUACCCCGACCAUGUGGAUUCUUCCGAUCAAGCUGAGCAUGAUUUGGAAAACAGUGGUGAUGAGAAUAUCGAUGAGUGUGUGGAAACCGAAGACGAUGUGGCCGAUAGUGCGUAUGACAAUGAAGAAAAAGUACUUGUUUAUGCGGCACAACUUGAUUCACCAUACGAACAACUUGCUACUUUACGAGCGUCCACGUCACAAAGAAGACCACGAAUUAAGAGAAAUUGA